AUGGGAUUCUCGCAUGUAGACAACGACUGGCCUCGCGCUGUUCAUCGGCUUCAUCUCGCUCCCUUCUCUUCGCCCACGCCGCCUAGGGCCAAGCGACAGAUGUUCGAUCGGGAUGUCAUUGUAUCUGUCUUAGAGUCAACUGCCACCAGGCGAGAUGCCAAGGGCUAUCUUCAGAAGUAUGCUCUACCAAAGCCCGCUCCUCCGGUGACAGAAUCGAAGCCAGUUGAGCACCAGCACAAGGCUCUUGCCAGGCAAGUUCACGCCCAGCGGCCGUUUGACGUGGCCAUUGUGGUUCUGCGGAACCCCCAACAGCUACGGCCAGACACAAUACACGGGAUAGCCAAGACACUGACUCAGCUUCGGGUCCUUGGCCUCUUGAGUGUCGUCGUGGUGGAUUGUGAUGUGGGAGAGAGCCGCCUCACCUUUCAAUCCGAGGCGUUGAGGCUUUGUGAGGCAGUUGAUUCCUUUGGCAAACCAGGUGCUCGGCUGGUGGAAAACGUACUGGUCGGCACUUCUCAUUAUCAAGGGCCUACGCCGUCUCCCUUUUGGGAUGACAUAUAUGUCCAGGACUAUGGUAUCCUCAAUCGGGCACUUCAGCAUGACAUGAUUGCCGUCAUUCCGUCUCUUGCGCUGAAUGACGAGACUGCUACUCCGGCGCCUGCUGACGCUCAAAGAACUUCUCUCGCAUUGACGAGGUACUUUACGGGAAUACAGUUUGAACGAGACGCAAGCCGCAGCCAGGGCGGAAGCCCGGGACAAGGCUCCGAGCCGCUCGCUUCCGUCGAGAGAGUCAUCAUCCUCGACACAUACGGCGGCACUCCUGUUCCUGGUCGUCCUGGAGUUUGCCAGCGAUUUGUGAACCUCGAGCAAGAAUACGACACGCUCCUGGACCAUCUAGGGGGCUACGAGGGCUCACAAGCCCCGGCACACAGCCCACAUGAGGAGGCCGGUAGAGCACAUGCCAAGAAUCUCAAGUUGGCAAAGGAUACCCUCUCUCUCUUGCCGGAGACAGCUUCUGUUCUCAUCACUACCCCAUUCGCAGCAGCCAACACAUCGUCCGUCUCGUCCUCGGGGCUCUCUCCGGUGCGCAAUGGCGACUUUCAGUUUGGAUUCGACGGCAUGGUCACGACCCGCAGAAAACAGAAUCCCCUUCUUCACAAUCUCCUCACCGACAAGCCGGUCUACUCUCCGUCAUUGCCGCUGCAGCGCAUCCAGUCUCCGGAACUGGCGUCUUUGGGGACGGGAGAGUCCAUUGACGCGACCCUCGUCAAGCGAGGCAUGCCUCUGGCCAUCUACCCCGAUCCGAGAACAGAGCCUUGGAGGCCACCGGCGCCUGGCGAGCGUCGUCUGCAGCUGACAGACAAGUCGAUUGAUUUGCCGCGGCUUGUCGCUCUGAUUGAGGAUUCUUUCGGCCGCAAGCUGGACGUCGAUGACUACUUGGAGCGGACGAACAAGAACCUGGCCGGCAUCAUCAUUGCGGGAGAGUACGAAGGAUGUGCCAUUUUGACAUGGGAGAAACCCAGCCAUGUCGACCCUCGUACAGCCUAUGAGCAGGGUCGCUUCGUGCCGUAUCUCGACAAGUUUGCCGUUCUACGGAGCCGUCAGGGCAGCGGAGGGGUGGCCGACAUCAUCUUCAACGCCAUGGUCCGGGAUUGCUUCCCCGACGGCGUGCUUUGGAGGAGCCGCAAGGACAAUCCUGUCAACAAGUGGUAUUUUGAGCGUUCGGUGGGAACCAGCAAGCUGGCCGGCUGCAACUGGGCCAUGUUUUGGACGACGUUGGGGCUGAGCGGCAAGGGGCAGAAGCUGGAGGACUACGAGGCGGUUUGCAGGGAAAUCAUGCCCUCUUGGGCAGACAGCGUUCGGAAGCCUGCUUGA